AUGUCUCCCUCGAGCAAUUUCUUCCGGGCGGCCCGACCGGCCUUCCGCGCCCGCCAGUUCUUCUUCCGCCCCAAGCAGGGCGCCCGCUUCCAGAGUACCACGGCCGACGCCGGGGCCGAGUCGUGGGCCAAGCGCAUGUGGAAUAGCCCCGUGGGGUUGAAGACGGUGCAUUUCUGGGCCCCCGUGAUGAAGUGGGCGCUCGUGCUGGCAGGCGUGUCCGACUUUGCGCGCCCCGCCGAGAAGCUCUCGCUCACGCAGAACGCGGCGCUGACCUCGACCGGCCUGAUCUGGACGCGCUGGUGCCUGAUCAUCAAGCCCAAGAACUACCUCCUGGCCGCGGUCAACUUCUUCCUUGGCGUCGUCGGUGUCGUUCAGUGCACCCGCAUCUUGAUGUGGCAGCAGUCGCAAAAGGGCCUGCCUGCGAAGGUGGAGGAGGUCAAGGAGGCGGUUGUCAAGUCAUAG